CUUCGAUAAGCGUUAAAAAAGUGUCACCGCUUCUCACUUCGGUUUCUCCUCACGAUCCGGUCUCUUUUCAGUGAGCAAGUCUUCAAAAUGCCCUUUGCACAGCUUGUCAUCGGCCCCCCCGGUGCGGGCAAGUCCACCUAUUGCAAUGGAAUGCACCAGUUCCUCGGCGCGAUCGGCCGGAAGUGCUCGGUGGUGAAUCUGGACCCCGCCAAUGACAAAACCUCAUACCCGUGCGCGCUGGACGUGCGCGAUCUGGUGACGCUGGAGGAGAUUAUGGAUGAACAUAAGUUAGGGCCGAAUGGAGCCACACUUUAUGCGCUAGAAGACCUGGAGGAGAAUUUUGAGUGGUUGGAGGAGGGGUUGAAGCAGCUUGGAGAGGAUUAUGUUAUAUUUGACUGUCCCGGCCAAGUCGAGCUUUUUACGCAUCACUCGUCAUUACGCAAUAUCUUCUUUAAGAUUCAGAAAAUGGGCUAUCGACUCAUAGUCAUUCAUCUCAUUGACUCCUACGCCCUCACUCUCCCCUCGAUGUACAUUUCUGCUCUCCUUCUCUCCCUCCGCGCCAUGCUACAACUCGACCUACCUCAUCUAAACGUUCUCACCAAAAUCGACAACCUAUCAAAUUACACAAACCUCCCCUUCAACCUCGAUUUUUACACCGAAGUCCAAGACUUGAAUUACCUACUCCCACAUCUCGAAGCCGAGUCGUCGCGUCUGACAAAUUCAAAGUUUAGCGCCUUGAACACCGCGAUUGUCGAUCUAGUCGAGGAAUUCGGGCUCGUGGCGUUCGAAACGUUAGCCGUGGAAGAUAAAAAGAGUAUGAUGAAUUUAUUGAAGGCGAUUGAUCGUGCGAGUGGAUAUGCCUUUGGGCCUGCGGAGGGUGCUAACGAUACCGUUUGGUCCGUGGCUGUGCGAGAGGGAAUGGGUGGGAUGGAUGUCCGGGAUGUGCAGGAGCGAUGGUUGGAUUCCAAGGAUGAAUAUGAUGCUUUGGAACGGGAGGAAUUGGAAGAAGUUGCGAGGAUGGAGGAGAAGGCCAGACAAUCUGCGAUGGGCGCGGGAAUGGACGCUCUUGAGGAUGAAGAUCUGGCGGACUGGAGUGGACCAGUACCGGAUAGUGGGAUCAAAGUACGGCGCAAGCAGACAUGAUCCAUCCAUCAAGUUUUGAAGAACUCUUCCCUCGAGGAAGAGCAAUGUAUUAUAUCAAAAAUUUCAAAAGGGGUAUCAUAAUGUACAGUUCCACGGCCCUCUUCAAAUCCAUCCCCCAUCCCACAUCCCCAUUUCCGCCUCAAUCAUCAUCAUCAUCAAACAUCCCCCCGUCCUCGUCCUCAUCCUCACUCACAUCCAUAACACUCGUCAUCACCGACUUCCCCAUCAUCCCCUUCUCAGCGCCAGAAAUCAAAUCCCCCAACACACCCUUCUCCUCCGCACCCCUCACCCGCACAAUCUCCCUUCUCGCCCGGCGAAUAGCCUCCUCCUCCGCCUUCCGCAUCGUCCCAGAUACCCUGAGUACCCGAAAAACACAAGGCCGCUCCCGUCCUCCAUUAGGUCUUCUCUGUCCCGCGCCAGUCCCCGGUUCGGUUACGGCGGGGACGUGGGACAUGUAUGUGAGCGCAGACCAGACCAGCCGGAACGAGGCGCGGGGACAGCGGAUAAUAGCUGUCGAUGUAGCCGGGGAGAGAUAUUUGACUAGAUAUCCAUUUUGAUCAGUACGUGUAUCUCGCCCAGAUGACUGCCGAAGAUCCGGAGCAGGGCAGAUAGAUCGAUUCAGAAGGAGCAGCAUACCUUGGACACCCAUCGCAGAAGCACCGCCCAGUUUACCGACCCCCCAGUCCCCGUACAUCUCCCCGACUUCCUCGCGGAUCAUUUUGGCGAGUAACCCCGGCGUCAACGCGUCGGAGGUCGGGGCGUGGAUGGCUAGCUGUGCGGCGUGAGGUCCGGGAGAGUCUGUUUUGGAGGAGGGCCAUGUUGUUGAAUCUGGGUAGAGAAUAUCGAGGAGGAGGUAGCGGUUUUUUAGGCGAACCAUUUUUG